ACCAUGGCCUCUGAAUAUACCUUGAUGGACCCCAUCUGUCUGGUGGAAAAUCAGAAUAAUCAGCUGACAGUAAACCCAACAGCACUGGAGACUCUAGACAAGAUCUCUCAACCUGUAGUGGUGGUGGCCAUUGCAGGUCUGUAUCGGACAGGAAAAUCCUACCUGAUGAACCGGCUGGCAGGAAAGAACCAGGGUUUUCCUCUGGGAUCCACAGUGCGGUCUGAAACCAAGGGCAUUUGGAUGUGGUGUGUACCCCACCCCUCGAAACCCAACCACACUCUGGUCCUUCUGGACACUGAGGGCCUGGGCGAUGUGGAAAAGGGUGACCCUAAGAAUGACUUGUGGAUCUUUGCCCUGGCCGUGCUUCUGAGCAGCAUGUUUGUCUACAACAGCAUGGGCAGCAUCAACCACCAGGCCCUGGAGCAGCUGCACUAUGUGACUGAACUAACAAAGCUAAUCAGGACAAAGUCCUCUCCCAGCUCUGGUGAAGUAGAUGACUCAGCCGAGUUUGCAAGUUUCUUUCCAGACUUUGUUUGGGUUGUACGGGAUUUCACGCUGGACUUGAAGUUAGAUGGACGCACCAUCACUGAAGAUGAGUACCUGGAGAAUGCCUUGAAGUUGGUUCCAGGCGAGGAUCCCCAAAUCCAGAAAUCCAACAUGCCUAGAGAGUAUAUCAGGAAGUUCUUUCCAAGGCGGAAGUGUUUUGUCUUUGAGCACCCUACAAAUGACAAAAAAGUAUUACACUAUAUGGAGGAGAUGUCAGAAAACCAACUAGAAUGGAAUUUUCAGGAGCAAUCCAAAAAUUUCUGUCAAUAUAUCCUUACACAUGCAAAUACCAAGACUCUAAGAGAAGAAAUCAUUGUCACUGGAAUUGGGCUAGGGACUCUGGCAAAAGCCUAUGUGGAUGCCAUCAACAGUGGAGCAGUGCCUUGUUUGGAGAACGCAGUGACAACUCUGGCUGAGCAAGAGAACUCAGUGGCUGUGCAGAAGGCAGCCGACCACUACAGCGAGCAGAUGGCCCAGAGAGUGAGCUUCCCCACAGACAUGCUGCAGGAGUUGCUGGACCUGCACACAGCCUGUGAGAGGGAAGCCAUUGCAAUCUUCAUGGAGAACUCCUUCAAGGAUGACAGCCAGGUGUUCCAGAAGAAGCUUAUGGAAACCAUAACCAUGAAGAAGGAGUAUUUCUUGCUGCAGAAUGAAGAGGCAUCUGGCAAAUAUUGCCAGGCUCAGCUUAAGCAGCUUUCAGAGCCCUUGAUGGAAAGUAUUUCAAGAGGAACUUUCUUUGUGCCUGAUGGAUACAAGCUCUACUUAGAAGCAAUGGACAAGCUGGAACAGUCCUAUAACAUGGUGCCCAGGAAAGGAGUGAAGGCACAUGAGGUCCUCCAGAGCUUUGUACAGUCACAGGCUGCAACAAAGGAAUCCAUCCUGCAGGCAGACAAAGCCCUCACUGCUGAGGAGAAGGCUCUAGCAGCUGAGCAUGCCAAGAAUCAGGAAGCGGAGAAGGAACAGGAGCUGCUAAGACAGAAGCAGAAGGAACAGCAGGAAAAAAUGGAUGCUCAAGACAAAAGCUUCCAGGAACACCUAGUCCAACUGAAGGAGAAGAUUAGGAGACAAAGCGAAAGCCGCCUGAGGGAGCAGGAAAGAAUGCUGGAGCACAAGCAGAAGAUUCAAGAAGAACUACUUAUUGAGGGAUUUGAAAACGAGUCUGAGAAGAUGAGGAAAGAGAUAAAUCUACUAAAAGAAGAGAUUCAAGAAACUGAAAACAUCUGGCCUUCAAUCUUUGUAGAGCUCUUUUAUAUGGCAGCCAGCGUACUACUCGAGCACUCCCUGGUCCAAUGA